AUGCCUAUCCAAGGAAGACAUAGAGUCAAUGAUGGUGAAUGGCAUAUGAUACAAGCGAUGGGUAACAAACACGGAGCUACAUUAUUUGUUGACAAUCAUAUGGUUUCCGGUCAAUUUACUGGGAUGACUGAUUUUAACCACGCACCAGUGCGGGACGUUUAUCUUGGUGGGACAUUAUCAAAAAUUGUUGGCUUAUCACCAGAUUAUCAACAAAACUUCACUGGUUGUAUUGCUGAUAUGCUUAUUCAGGAGAGGAUUAUCUCAAUACUUUCACAGGCAACAGUCAUCUAUGGACCUAUUGAAAAGUGUAAAAAUGUAUGA